AUGACUGUGGUGUACACUCGGUUUAUAGUUUGUGCUUCAUGACGGACAUGAUCAACUGGCACAUGGUGCCUCAUGGUAGAUCACGCUUAGCUACGUUGAGCCGUAUCUCUGAAGUUAGGCAAAGGAAGACGCUUGCAAAAUAGAAUAACACGAGAUGUCACAUGGUAUAUUGUCGUGAAAUGCGCGCCCAUGCCGUCAAUAACAUCUGUGCACCGUUGGUUAUCGACUUUCCAUGAUCAGAUACAGUAUAUUUCGCUGGGAAAGGCUUUUCAUAUGUACAGUCCACCGCAUCAGUUCCGGCGAGGUCAUCUUAAAUAAUCUAUAAAUUACAACCGUGCCUCGUUUCCAUAGUGACGUUUGACGCUAUGCGAGUACCGCCAGCUGGAGUGUAGUAUCAACCAAAGACAAAGUUCUUGUAUUGCCUGAUAUGAACAGAGAAGCGGCAUGGGUGAUAUAGAAGAAACUAUGCUCUCAAAACGGCAGACGAACGCCAAUGAUAGGCUUUUCGAGGAAAGCAUUGGACACAAAGGGGACGGGGUUGCUAUAAAUGCAACACCGACCGGGCAACCGGCAUCACAGGAUACAGAAUUCGGAACUGGUUCGCCGGAAAUGGAUUCAAACAAGAGAAACAUUCGCAACCAUGUUAAUGGGAAGGUUGUAAAAUGUGACACGGACACAGAGCAGGCAGACGGCGUGCUACUCGGUCCAUCAGAGGCAGAAUCAGUGCCACCAAGGCCGCGAAUCCCUGAUGGGGGAUACGGAUGGAUUGUGACUGCUGCUGGCUGCUAUAUCGCUCUGAUUGCAAUUGGGACGAUCAUGUGCUACGGCGUGAUGUAUGUGGAGUUGUUGGAUUAUUUCCAGGAAGGCCGGACAAAAACGUCUGUCAUUGGUUCAAUGACUAUGUUGGCUUGUGCAUUUGCAGGUCCUUUAAGUGGUACCCUAGCUGUGCGAUUCGGCCACAGGCCCGUGGUGAUGGUGGGUAGUAUCCUCGCAACCGUUGGUAUGGCAAUGAGCGCCUUUGCUGUCAAUAUCUACCAUCUUUAUUUUAGCUUUGGAAUCCUCACAGGUUUAGGCGUUGGGAUGAGCCUGAUUCCCGCGCUAGCCAUGGUGGCCUUAUAUUUCGACAAGCGGCUCUCCCUCGCAGUAGGAAUAGCUCUGUCAGGCGGCGGCCUAUCCUACAUCGUUUUCCCGAUGGUCUCAGCAGCCUGCAUCCGUUUCUACACAUGGAGAGGAACCAUGUUCAUUCUCGCAGCAUUCUGGGCGCAGGGUUGCAUGUGUGGAGCUUUAUUGCGCCCCCUCGAAUCUCGAACUACCAUCAAAGAUGGCGCCCGGAAAAAACAAGUGCCGCGGCCAUUUAUGUGUGACAUUGGUCUCCUACGGACUUGGCAAUUCUGGUUCUACUUGUUGGAGGAAUAUCUAUGGCAUAUUGACUUCAUGAAUUUUGUCGUGAUUCUACCAGAUUUUGUCGUCUUGAGCGGCCAUACGAAAGAAAAAGCAGCAAUACUCUUGACGAUAAUUGGUGUGUUUGUCAUCCCGUCUCGUCUGCUGGGCGGGCUGUUCCUUGACCGCGUGAGUGUCAGUCCAAUCUUGCUGCUCGUGUUCGGGAUCGUUACGCUGGGGACCACGAGCCUUACGCUGCCAUUCAUCAAGGCGUCCUUCAUCGGGAUGGCCGUGGUCUGUUCAUUCAGGGGCAUCCUCCACGGCGUCCUCGUUGUCCUCCUCCCAAAGGGCCUGGUGGUACUCUUCAGCCGAGAUAAACUCACCGUCAUGAUUGGAUACGUCACACUAUUUACGAUGUUUGGACAACUUACUGCACCGCCGUUAGGAGGGUUCAUCUUCGACCAUACAGGGGACUACCUUUACGCCUAUAUCACGUGUGCUGUCAUCUCCUACGUCACUGCUCUGAUUCCCCUGGCGCUGUACUUGGACAACAAAAAGAAAAUCAAGCGACUUCUGGCGGAGGGGGACGCUGAGGAGGUGGUGGAAUUGGAAUCGAAAAUGGGUGAAGAUGCGCCAGCAGAUGAUCACAAGAUAGACUAAACAAGUGUUCAUACUACUAAAACUGGGAAGAACCAACGAUCUGGUAGCUCUGGAGAAUGAGCAAGGCCAUAGAGGUCGUCUGCAACAGAUCCAGUUGCGACCAACUGAGAUACUCAUUUCGUCCAAAUACUUUCAGGGACUGGAAUGCGUUGGCUCAUCCACCAGGAGGCCAACGCAUUGGGGGCAAUGUGAGCUAAAAAUCAUAAGGCUAGCUUAAAUCUCCCACCCUCGCUAUCAUCGCAGUCUUUGAUUUUUGAAAGACUCUGGUAUCGAUCAUGUGGCCUGUGUUUAAAGUGGUUCUAACCAACUACGGACGUUUGAAUGCUCUUAUUCUAUACACUAUAGUCCUGAUAGUGUCCGUCUUCUAACUGAGUAUCAAGAGAAGAAGAAGAAGACGAAGGAGAAGAAGAAAAACAAGAAGACAUUCUUGCGUAUCGCACACAAGGUUUUUGUUUACUAACGUCGCGGUCCCCCUACCACGAAUGAUGAUCCUGCGAGAUGAUCACUAAAGGCUUAUCUCCACAUAAACGCCGCUUAAAGCCGCCAACAACAAUCAUUUCAAUGUAGUGCCCUGCUUACUUAGAGCGCCGACUGGUGAGGCAAUGAAAACGAGCAUUUAAGGACAUGGGAUAUGCCUGACCAGGAGGAUAAUACCCCUGCUUGCCACCAUUCACCGCCACUUGUAGUAUCGUACCAAUGUUGUUUUUCAGCAGUGUUACGAGGCAGUUUUGUACACGACUUAUGAAUUUCUGGCAGGUCUGUGGUUACCCAUCGUUCAAUAUUCUUGUUUGGAGAGCUCAUGGUCCUCCUGGAAGCCGUUUUUGUAACAUGACAUAUAUCAUGCCCUAGAUCUCUCUUUAUAAUGUAGGUACCUGGAUACAUUCUAAUAAAAAAAAUAUGUGGAACCGUACCUGCCACCUGUUAUAUAUAUUGUGCAUCCAGGUCAAUUUCAUGGAAAUAUAUAGACAUUGCCAGAGGUGUAGACGUACAAAUUAGUAAGCCUAUUUGAGAAGACAGGCUUUAAAUUGUAUGCUGUUGUCGAUGUUUUAACACGACCAAAAGCAUAAAUUUGGAACCUUUCUUGGGGUCGUCUAAAGAUAUCUUGAAGUUGGCUGAUGUUUGCUCACAAAUUUCACAUAUUCAUGUAUCACAAUAUAAACUCUUGAUAGUCUCACGCCAAUACCAAAUGGGUAGAAAAUACAGGCUUGGUGAUUUCUUGUCCUAUCCUGGCAAAAAUGCCUCGGACUAGCUCAUUUCGUCAUCGUUGGCGGACUUACGAAUUGAUUGACGUGUAUCUGGUAGGGGGUAGGAAACAUACGACCGAUAAAUACCUGCCACAUAAACCUCCCGCAAAAAUCUACCCUAAAAUCUCACCGUAAAUAUCUAUGGCUACUUGUAAAUAAACCGCAGGUUUAAGGAGUGACGAUGUCUCUAAUUGGUUUAAGAAAUAUACCUCCCGCAGAAUCUCUAUACCUGCCGUAAUGCCGCGAAAUUAUUAUCCGCCGUAAAAUACGCACCCGAAAAUAGAAAUAACAUACCGCCCUCUGCCCUGAUUGGCUGAGACUGAAAUUUGCGCCGAGAUUUUACGGGAAUUUAUGCGGCUAGUAUUUUUGCGGGAGGUUUAUGCGGCGGCUAUUUUAUUGGCCGUAUAAUAUAUAUCUGAUGUAUUGUCCCUACCCCCUAUACCAUAGACCCGCAACGCACAUUUUUAUCAGUAUCAAAAGUAGGUUAGUGACGAAGAAUAGAUACCAGGUAUUGCAACUACAGGGCAUGCAAACUGUUGCUUACCCGGAAAGCCAUUGAGGUUUUGAAUAAUCAGAAUCCAUCAUGCAAGAUAAAGAAGAUUAUUCAUUGGCCAUUGAAAAAUAUUGAAUGUAGGUUACAGUUAGACUCCCACGGCAGCCCGUCGCGUCAUCCUAAUUUGGUGUCCUUACGGUGAGGAAUGAGACCGGUCCACUGCGUCCGGAGUGUAGUUACAGUAGGUUUCAACUGAAUGUACAGGCGAUUAUCGCAAAGCAAACGCUUUUGUUGGUUCGAUUUGCCAAAGAGGAUCAGUGCUGCCAGCGAAAUUUUAGGGGUUAAGGUCAUCAAGAGCAAAAUAUUGUGGUUGCGAAUGUCGUUUUCUCAGGAAAAGUGUACUAUUAAUAAAGGUUAUGGCAAAAUGUAAAAAAAAAGAUAUCUUCGGAGAAUCAAGUUUUUAUUUUCACAACCUGGCCCUUUUUAAAGGGACGACUUUGGCAUGAGAUGUAUAAUAUUUUGGUUUUUCAUACAAAAAUGGCUUCCGAAAGUAACGUGCAUGUACUCGUACAUCACAGAACGCAUGUCCGUUUACCAGUUUGUAGACGAAAAUGAAAGUAAUAUGCAUGUACAUCACAGAACGCAUCUCCGUGUACUGGUAUGUCAACGAAAAUGAAAGUGACGUCCUCCAUAAGACAAUGACAAUAAUUUAACAAUGAUAAUACCGUUAUUUUUAGACAUCAAAUUCAAAGUAACGUCUAAAAUUAUAACAAUGACAAUAUUUUGUCAUACUUCUAAUAUAACUGACUGAAUUAUCUGGCCCGUACCGUUAUUUUUCACCAAUAUAAAACGUAAAGGAAGGUCCGGAAUGACUUUGAUGGGGACUGUCAGGAACGAGACGGAAAGCCGGUGUAACGUUUUGUGAGUGUUUCCAAUUUUAAGUGUUUUCCCUCGUCGUUUGGGAACAUCGAAAUGCAGAUUUACACGUUUUUCUGUGUAUCCCUCUCUUGAAAAGUCACCCUCUCUCUAUAGCUCUAUAUUGGAAAUACUCAAAUAAGGGGGAAAACCACAAAUUAUACACCGGUCUAUACAAUACUAUAGCGUUACCAAUUGAAAAAAUGCCGAUUUGGGAGCGACAUGGAGCAUUGACCUACCUUUUCUGCUGAAAAACGCCAAACGUUGCAAUUUCCUCCGGCUUAGUGCAGUGCCCCCUUCUGAGACCCAGCAGGUUUUGCAAUGACACCUUCACCUCCUACACCGGAAACCCAGAUUUCUACAUAUCUUGUCCCCAGUGCACGCACAUUGUGUAGAUCGAUGUACAGGGAGACAUGAAAUCGACGAAGUGCGAUGAGGUGCCUAUUGCGAAAAUGAUUGGUUGCCGAAACAAUGGCCUGAUUGGUUGGCUAGCCUUGUGACGUCAAACUAUUUUUACAUCGAGGGGUUUUCCUAUUUUUUAUCAUGACUUAAGCUUAAAUGCGUUUGGGCUGGAAUUUCUGGCUUACUCGAGCUCACACACAGGCUCGAUGUACAGCGCAGCGGAUCGAGGCUAUAUAAUGGGCUACAUGUUCGAGUGUCAGCAAGUCACUGUCCACUAUGGUCAGCGCUAGCAGACGACAAUAACAAAUGUGAAAACUCCGGCAGAUUCAACGGCGAAUAAUUCCUGGUCUUUGGCACUCGACGUGGAUUUCUUGGUAGAUAUUUCUAGAUGAUAACUUUAACACAUCUGUUAAUAGGCUUGUAUCGGUGUAGCUGUCCUGAAUAAAUAGAGAAAACCGUGUUUUUGUAGUCCUGUGCCUAAUUCAGGUUACAAAUUGCGCUUAUUUCUACCAUAUGGCUGCGGUAUUGACAUUGCUAAACUUCCAGACAACGCGCGUGCUGGAAGCAAGUUAAGUACAAAGCCCUGUUGGUAGAUCUUUUCGAUAAUAAUUCAUAAUUAUGAGACUAAUAUUUCAUAUUUAUAUAGCGCUAAAUCCAACUGGUUUCAGUCGCUCAAAGCGCUUCAUAUUAUUACCCCUAGCUAUUGGCAUGUACAUUCAUGAUUCAGGCUCUACUUUCCGGGAGUAGCUUCGUCACUGAUAUUGAUUAUAUGAUAUGUACUGAGCACACUGGUAAGGCAGCGUGUGCUCUGUACAUUGCCGAGUGCUCCAUGCAUAAGGGUGGGGCCGGGACGGAGCAUCGCUUGCUUUACCAAUUUCGAUGGAGGCAUUCCCUGCACUUAAGUGGUGAUACUCAUAGUCUUUCUUCCGAUAGUCAACACAGGGAGGUUGGUGCCCAUAACAUAAUAUAAGUCAUUGCAGAUCAAUCUACGCCGCCAUUCCUUAUAAGGAUGCCGAAUAAGACUCGCAUUGUUUUUUUGUCUGGAACUCUGCUGCUUCUCGUUACAAAUCUGAUUUUGGUUAUCCGACGUCUAAAUCGAAAGAAUGAAAUCACUGCCAUACAAAGGCCACUCCCUGUCGAUCGGAACUACAACAUAUCAACGCCGCUCCCAGUCGAUCGGAACCACAACAUAUCAACGCCGCUCCCUGUCGAUCGGAACUACAACAGAUCAACGCCACUCCCUGUCGAUCGGAACUACAACAGAUCAACGCCACUCCCUGUCGAUCGGAACUACAACAGAUCAACGCCACUCCCUGUCGAUCGGAACUACAACAGAUCAACGCCACUCCCUGUCGAUCGGAACUACAACAGAUCAACGCCACUCCCUGUCGAUCGGAACUACAACAGAUCAACGCCACUCCCUGUCGAUCGGAACUACAACAGAUCAACGCCGCUCCCUGUCGAUCGGAACUACAACAGAUCAACGCCACUCCCUGUCCAUCGAAACUACAACAGAUCAACGCCGCUCCCUGUCGAUCGAAACUACAACAGAUCGAACAGAAUAACCGCUCGAGAGAGCCACCACAUUUCCUAUAAACUUGAUGGAAGGAUAUUCUCGCAGAAAACCGUGGACAAAAGUUAUGAAAUAACAACCUGUGUGUUGCAUUCUUUCGUAGACCACGUGGGUCAUGACGUCGCCAAAAUGUUCCUGUCUGAACCAACUGACAAAACGGAGCUGAAAACGGCGGCGAUUGGAUCGAUUUGGCACCGUGGAGAACUCUUGGUGGUCAUUAGGGUCUGGCUGAACCAGGGUUUAGCGGAGAAAAAAAAGAACGCUUAUAAAUUUCAAGAUAGCUUUUUCUUCAUGCAGAAAUACAACAGUGACUUUACACCAAUCACCAGGGGAAAGCUUUUGGGAAUCCCUGCUCCCAUCACACAACAACAAUUCUCAGGACCCGAAGAUCCACGGCUCAUCCAAGUCGGUGAUACGGUUUACGUCGUGUUUUCUAUGGUGUUGAACAAGUUCUAUUUAACUGGGUUUUUCGUUUGGGAUUUCAUAGAACGUAAGUUGUUUCGGCCAACAAUUAAGAAUUUCAAACUCCGAAGUAGUGAAAAGAAUUGGUCUCCGAUCGUUCUUAAUGGUACCCUCCACUUUGUUUACACUUUAUUUCCAUUGCGGGUUGUAAAAUGUAACAAAUUUUUGAGAUGCGAGUUUAUCUUCCAAGAUACGGGCAAUUAUGCUGCGGACCACGCAGCGCUACGAGGUGGGACACCGUUCGAAAAAUACAGAGGGAAUUACUAUGUUUCCAUGGCCCACACCUCAAUAAGUGGCAGCCAGGGAAGGGAACUAAAUGCACAUCUUGUCUUGCUUAGAAUCGACCAAUGGCACAUUGUAUACGUUAGUGAUGUCUUUAAAAUCGACCAGGCGAUUUUAAAAACGACUGGGCAUCCAUUUUGGACAUCCCGAACGUUUCUCUACCCGACUGGCAUUAUUGUUGAAAACGAUGACGUGAUUGAUGUAGCUGUCAACAUUGGUGAUACAAGGUGUUACAUGAUUCGAGUGUCGGGUUUGAAGGCAUUAUUCGACAAUGUGAUAGAAUUGAGUGCAGGAGACAAUCGAGAUUCAGUGAACUCGACGAGCAUUCAGGAUUAUUUGUUGAAAAAAAUUCAAAUUGAUAUAAAAGAAAAGAAGGAGAUAUAUUCUAAAGAUUGAUGGCAAUCGUAACACGGCUGUUAUUCAAUCAUAUUCUACUUUUUAUCAUGUUUUACUGGUGAAAGAAUACGCUGCUGGUAUCUUUUCCUGAUGCAACAAACUAGCAAGAUGUUUUCCUUUGCAAGAAGUAGGCAUGAUGUUUCCUAUUGCAAGAAGUACAUUGUAGGCAUGGUGUUUCCUAUUGCAGGAAGUAGGCAUGAUGUUUCCUAUGCAAGAAAUAGGCAUGAUGUUUUCCUUUUCAAGAAGUAGGCAAGAUGUUUCCUAUUGCAGGAAGUAGGCACGAUGUUUCCUAUUGCAGGAAGGAGGCACGAUGUUUCCUAUUGCAGGAAGGAGGCAUGAUGUUUCCUAUUGCAGGAAGGAGGCACGGUGUUUCCUAUUGCAGGAAGGAGGCAUGAUGUUUCCAAUUGCAGGAAGGAGGCAUGAUGUUUCCUUAUGCAAGAAAUAGGCAUAAUGUUUUCCUUUGUGAAUCUGACUGAAACGGUGCCCUAUACAAGUAAACUCGUACCCAGGGACCAGGAAUCAUUUAAAGGAAACCAGGAGCAUGAGCAUAUUGAAGCCAGGAUAGGUGUGUGGUCUUAUUUCAACUGUAUUCACAUUUUAGAAAUGUUGGCCGAAACCCCACCUUUCACUGCCAUGCCCAACUUCAUGAUCACACCAAAGCUAAUAAGUUAAUAUGGUUAAGUCGGGGUCCGGCGUGGGCAGAGAACAAAAAAAAUAUCUGCCCACCCCAGCCACCGACUUAACCAUAUCAACCCAUAUUUUUCGUUAAGUCCCCUAACAUCCUAAGGGACGUCCCUAGUGGACGUCCCUUUUGGGGACGAAGUAUUGGUCUAGAUGGUGGACGGCGGGAUUUAUAAAUUUAUUCGCUUUUACCGCCCACAAACGAUGUUGCUGUGUUGAUGGUCGCAUAUUAAAAUAUGCGAAUGAUGGCUGAAAGUGGAAUUAAUUCUCAAUCUCAGGAUGAUACUUUUAAUCACAGAAUUAUACUUUUUGACAAUAUAUUUAGGAAAAUGUGGUCUAAGCUGUUCUGUUUGGAACUCGUAUUUGAGAGGGCCAUAUCAAUGCGCGAGUGACGAUUUGCGGGUAUGCUGCACAGAAGUCAUUUUUUCUCAGGCAUUUGUUUUGGAAUGUUGUAGAAUAAGCAAUAAGCCGCUUUUGGCCAUGCCCAUAAGUGAUGCAACCUCCUUGCGCAUGACCGGAACUAAUAUCGAUGUUGUUCCAUCCCUGCUUGAAUGAGGAACCUGCAAGAAAACCUGCCAAUAGGGGGCCCUGCAGAAAAGUGGGCCAUGGCGAAUAUUCUUUUCACAUCUAAAAAAUCCGCCAUCUUGGAUUGGUAAUAAGCAUGGAGGGAAAUCUCCAGAUGACGUCAUUUCAUUAGGGAUACCCUCGGAAUUGCCUCCACGGCGUGUGUAUGCAUUUAUGGGGUAUUUAUGCGUACACUUUCAUGAUACUGCCGGUAUUUGAGAUCCUCAAAAACCUUGCAUGUACCAAGGCAUGUUCGAGAUUUUAUCUUGCCGUUCAGCUUGGCUUGUCAGAGUUAGGCCUAUAAGGUCAGCCUGUUUAGCUUGUGUUCAGUGUGUUGGCUACUAUGUACACUGUAGUGUAUAGGGCCUAGAGGCCUAUGGUCAUGCCAAACUUGCAUCUGUUGGUAAUUUACAAUGUCAAUUAAUCUGUAACCAUGGAAGAACUAGCAUCAUCAAGAUUAAUAAAGUGUUGUUUUUAGCAA